AUGCAAGGACACCCCAAGGAUAACAGACUAGGAUACCUCCAAGAAUACCGCUCAGGAACGCCCCGAAGGAUACACUCCAAGGACAACCUCCAGAGAUACUCACCAAGAUUGGUCAAAGUCUCAAAAGCAAGAAGGGAGAAGACGGCAAAUAAAGUGGUAUGUGAACGAGGACCGGGAUAUCGCCGGAGGAGCCCGGUGGCCACGCCUCCGUGGAGGCCGGCCCGGCCGCAACCAGAGCGACCGACCGCGCAGCCGGAACUCGAGCGACUAACCGAGCAGCCGCAAGCCGCACGCGGAUACGGCCCACCAGGCGCAGGCGGAAGAGAAGACUGUGGUGCGGACGGAGGUGCCGGCAGCUCACGUGAGCCACAGCACGCGGGCAUUCUUGGCCGAGGGCGUGCGGUGACGGCAGCAGACGGUGGUGUGGACGUGGCCAGAGGAAGGGAGAAGACGGCAAAUAAAGUGGUAUGUGAACGAGGACCGGGAUAUCGCCGGAGGAGCACGGUGGCCACGCCUCCGUGGAGGCCGGCCCGGCCGCAACCAGAGCGACCGACCGCGCAGCCGGAACUCGAGCGACUAACCGAGCAGCCGCAAGCCGCACGCGGAUACGGCCCACCAGGCGCAGGCGGAAGAGAAGACUGUGGUGCGGACGGAGGUGCCGGCAGCUCACGUGAGCCACAGCACGCGGGCAUUCUUGGCCGAGGGCGUGCGGUGACGGCAGCAGACGGUGGUGUGGACGUGGCCAGAGGAAGGGAGAAGACGGCAAAUAAAGUGGUAUGUGAACGAGGACCGGGAUAUCGCCGGAGGAGCACGGUGGCCACGCCUCCGUGGAGGCCGGCCCGGCCGCAACCAGAGCGACCGACCGCGCAGCCGGAACUCGAGCGACUAACCGAGCAGCCGCAAGCCGCACGCGGAUACGGCCCACCAGGCGCAGGCGGAAGAGAAGACUGUGGUGCGGACGGAGGUGCCGGCAGCUCACGUGAGCCACAGCACGCGGGCAUUCUUGGCCGAGGGCGUGCGGUGACGGCAGCAGACGGUGGUGUGGACGUGGCCAGAGGUACCUGUAACGGAGGCGGCGACGGACGAGCCCAGGAUAUGGGAAGAGGGGGUCCCCAAGGUGAGCCCUCGGCAUCCCCGGACGAGAGGCCGCAGUUCACGCGGCAAGUGUCGGCCCCAGAGGAAGAAGGUUGGCGCGAGGUAGCCAGGAGCGAGUGGCUGUAG